AUGCGCUGGUUCACAGUGGUUAACUUUUUCGAAUCGCUUCGUCCAGUGUAUGUGGCUUCGAAAAUCUUCUUGGUGCACUUCGAAACGGUCGAUUUCGAAAAUCGCACAUACCGACGGACACUUUCCGAUCAGCUUCGGUACGUUCUUUCCUUGAUCGUGGAUUUGUAUCUGACUCUGGUUGGCAUCCGAAGCAGUGCCGCUUUCCUACAUCUCUCCGAAUCGGUUCUUCUGAAUGUAGGAUAUUACGGAUCAUUGCUGUUAACAUUCAUCUUUACACUGAUACUACCGACGUGGAACAGCCUGGAGGCCGGAACUAUUUUCGCUGUGAUUGAAAGCAUAGCAUGCUUUGACGACGAGAUAAAAUUGCUUGGGUUCGGAAUCAAUCACCAGAAGCAUCACUUUGUCAAUACGAUUUCGACUACUCCCGAAAAAGAUCGCCAGACGCUCACAGACACAGUACAGUGCUGUAAAAUGAUUAGAGAUUUUGCCACGCUGCAUGGUCAACUGUGUGACACGAUCAAACUGUUCAACCGCUGCUUCUCCGCCCAGGCCAUUAUUUCCCUGGCAUCGUGUUUUGGAUUUACGGUUUUUUCGAUAUUUGGUAUGAUCCACUCGUACGCGACAACUGUGGAUGAGAAUACCCUACACUUGACUUGGUCUACUAUGAUCUACGAUGGGUUUUGCAUAGCUUUCAUUAUCCAGCUGGUGGUAUUUUCUAGCUUGAUUCACGCAGAGUGCAAACGGACAUCACUGCUGAUUCACAAGAUCAUCUGCUACGGAUCAUGCGACAGGAAUGUACGCAAAGAGUUGAGGAUCUUUUCCCAGCAGUUAAGUCAUCAUUCUCCGAAGAUUUCAUGUGGCUUGUUCGACUUUGAUUGGAUUCUGUUCUAUACGAUUUCUGGAUCUCUUAGCACCUAUCUUAUCAUAUUAAUGCAGUUUGAUCUGAUCAAUUUUGACUAUACAGAGCUGACCGAUAAGAAGAAAGCUGUACAUCAGUGA